AUGCCGUACUUAGACCAUGCUGGCUCGACAUUACCGUCGAAAACUCAACUAGAAGAACUCGCAAAACUCCAAACGCAACUUAUUCUUGCCAACCCCCAUUCUCAUCAUUCCACCGCUAUCAAAACCCAACAAAUCGUAUCGUCAGCUCGACAUAGAAUCCUACGCUACUUCAAUACUACCGCAGAUGACUACUUUGUAGUUUUUACGAAUAAUACUACACACGCGCUUAAAAUUGUCGCUGAGAACUUCAAUUUCGGACAUAGGACACAGGAAGGAGUGGUGUCAGAGAUUUCAGCUGUACUGAAGGGUGGACCAUCCAAUUUUGCAUAUUUCAAUGACUCUCAUCAUUCGGUUGUAGGAUUGAGACAUGUGGUGCUGGGGAAAGUUGAUGCGAUUAGUUGUGUGAAUGAAGAUGUUGUGAAAGAAGAGUGUAUUCCAAAAGUGGAAAAUAGUUUGUUCGUGUUUACAGCAAUGAGUAACUUUUUGAUUCCGUUUCAAAUAAAUGAAAAAUUGAUAUCAGGCUGGUCCGUUUGUGUGGACGCCGCUGCAUUGGUCUCAGGAACUCGUUUGGAUCUCACAGCACAUCGUCCAAACUUUGUUGCAUUUUCGUUUUACAAAAUAUUUGGGUAUCCCACUGGAAUCGGAGCAUUGCUCGUUAAAAAAGAUUCCUCAAAGUCAAUUGAAAAGACUUCAUUCGCCGGAGGAACGGUGCAGAGUGUUGACGAAAUGACGAUGCAUUUUGUAAUACGGGAUUUUGAAAGAGCUUAUGAGGAAGGAACAAUUAAUAGCUACGGUAUUGCACAACUUCAAAAAGGAUUUGAAGAGAUUGAGAGAUGUGGAGGCAUGCAGGCUAUUCGAGCGCAUACAUAUGACCUCCGAUCCAAAGCUGUUCAAAUUCUACAGUCAAAAACUCACCCAAACGGGAAGAAGGUAGUUGAGAUAUAUAGUCAGCCGCACAUUCAAGUCUCUCCUGAAACUCAAGGCGCUAUUGUGGCGUUCAACUUGGUGAGACCGGAUAAUGGAUACUAUGGAUACACAGAAGUGGAGAAAAUGUGUGCUAUUUUUGGAAUUGAAUUGAGGACAGGAUGUUUUUGCAACAUUGGUGCUUGUAAAAAGUACCUUGGAAUUACAUCUGAAAUGAUCAAGGAGAAUAUGAGCAAAGGAAAACGAUGUGGUGAUGAGAUUGAUUUGAUUAAUGGACGACCAACAGGCGCUGUUCGAAUUUCCUUCGGAAGAAUGUCCACCGAGCAAGACAUCGAAGUGCUGAAACAAAUGAUUGACACCUGUUUUGUGAGCAGCGAGAAAGUGUUUUCUCCCAGCCUGCAAAGUCUGAAAAUUGAUUCUUUUCUCCCAACAGUCGUCAAUUUAUUCAGUUUUCCGAUCAAAAGUGUUGGUUCAGUGGCCAAAAGCAGGUUAGUCAUAAAUCACUCUAUUAUUGAUCAUACUUGCGUAUUCUGCAGUUAUGAGCUCACUCCAAGAGGCUUCAAACACGAUAGAGAGUUUUUGGUAGUUAAAGACGAUGUGACGUUAAACCUGAAAAUGCAUCCAGAGUUGUGUCGACUGACUGCGACUAUCGUGAACGAUGAAGAAUUACAUAUACAAACUUUUGAUCAGAACGACAACUUGGUCAUUCCGAUGAGCUUGUCACUUAAGGAGAAUGAUGCCAAAGUGGUGUGCAAAAAGACAAUCGCAACUUUCGAUUGUGGGGAUAAAGUUGGACAAUGGCUAGAGAAUGCACUGGAUAUGACCAAUUGCAGGCUUUUGAGAGUUGCAGGAGAAUCCAAAAAGAAUUUUGUCAAUGAUUCUCCGUUUUUGUUAAUUAAUGAAGCUAGUGUCUACAUGCUUGCCCGACACAUUAGUAAGAUUUUUAUAUUUAUUUCGCAUGACGAAUUCAAAAGUUUUCCUCUUCACAAACAAACACUUAUGUCUCAUAAAUAUUUUACUCUUCCAGAUAUGGAUGUCCAGGACAUCCUCACUCGAUUCCGCUCCAACAUCGUGGUCCGCGGUCUGCCGCCAUUCAUUGAAGACACCGCAAAACGGCUGUCUAUUGAGAAUCUCGAGUUUGAGGUGGUCGACAAAUGCACUCGAUGCGAAAUGAUAUGCGUGGAUCCGAUGACAGGCGAGAAGGAUCCCAGUUUGCUACUGGCUCUUCGAGAUUAUAGAAAUAAGCAGAAGGUUUGUGUGAGGAGAGAGCAGAAUCACAGAGAUCAUGAUCAAUCGGAUGUGCAGGGUCCGCAGUAUAAUAGUACAAAGUUUGUAGUUAGAGAGGAAUCUGGAGAUGACGUGAUGACAUUUGGUAUCUACAUCCGACAAUCCAACUUUGAACCCGGUCAAUUUGUUGAAGCUGGAUCCGCCGUACGAUUUUUCACCGAUUGA